CGAAGUGGGUGGGCACACUUCCCUCAUCCCCACUGCAGUAUAAGUAUGGAAACGAUACUUUCCUACCGGAGUUGAUUUUAGGAGAGAGAUGAACGUACGGAUAAUGAAAUCACAUCCAGCGAUGAAACUGUUUGUGCUCUUCACAGCAUCCCUCUCUUGGGCCUUCCAGCCAGCACCACGCCCCAAGUAUUCUCACCUUGACCCCCUGACCUCUGAACUCCUCCAGUGUGACCAGUGUCCUCCCGGCACAGCUGUCCGACACCACUGCACUGCAGACGAGCCCACUAUCUGUAUGCCGUGCCCCGAGCGCCGGUUCUCAGACGACUGGCAAUGGGGCGAGUCGUGUCAGCGCUGCACAUCUGUUUGCAAGGAGAGACAGCUGAUGAAGAGGGAGUGUAAUAGCACCCACGACCAGCUGUGUGAGUGUGGACCUGGGUUCCACCUUGUGGUGGAGUUCUGCAUCAAACACAGCACCUGUGCACCUGGAAAUGGAGCUGUCAGUCUGGGCACUCCACAGAGUGACACCGUGUGUGAACCUUGUCCCCAGGGCUACUUCUCCAGUGCGGCCUCACCCACAGAGCCCUGUGUUCCCCACACAAACUGCAGUGAGCUGGGCAUGAGGAGCCUGCGGGCUGGGAGCACAUCCCAGGACAGCCAGUGUGAAAACCAGGCCAAGAGCACAGACCUGGAGUGCUCCAGACAACACAUGCUCUGCCAGACAGACGUCACUCUGUGUGAGGAGGCCAUCUUCCAGUCUCUGGCGUCCCUGCGUCUGUCUUCUGUUCCCCUGGAGCACCUGCUAGACAGUUUACCGGGACGCAAGGUGGACAGGAAGAGUCUGGAGAAGCUGAAGAAGGCAUGUAGCCCACAGCAGCUGCUACUGCAGUUGCUGCUUCUGUGGAAGGAGCAGAACAAAGACCAGGACAAACUCUAUGGCAUCAUACAAGGUGUCAAACACUGCGAGAGGAGGGUGUCCCGCUGUACGGAGCUGAAGAAUCUCACCCUGAAUGACCUCAUGGUCAUCAGCAACAGCUUACCUGGGGUCAAGGUGUGCAAGGAGGAUGUGCGUGCAGUGGUCACUUCCUGUUCUUCCCAACAGUACAUCCUACAACUACUUCACCUAUGGAAGAGACAGAAUGCAGGGGUGGAGCUGGCCAAGGGUCUGUCCCACUGUCUGAGGACUCUACGGGGCCAGGGCUCUCCGCGACACCUUCUCAAGAGCAUCAAGAGGAUCAGCCGCAUCAUCAGUAGCUCGUCCAUACACAAAAUGUAUGAGAAGAUGUUCCUCAGCAUGGUUCAAGAUAGCCCCUGCUUCAAAACCAAGCCUUUCAAUGAAUAGUAGUUAACCACAGGACUGGGUUGCGUGGAGAUUAUUAUUUAACUGAUGUAAAUACUCUGGAUAAGAGGAAUGAAGGGAAGGGAGGUUAUCUUGCUUCUCACCGUUUAACUUGGAAGGAGUUCCUUUCAUAAUGAAAUGUACCCCUCCGCUAUUUUGUUUUUGGACUGCUGACAUUGAAACUUUUUUCACUUUUUAUAGGAUGUCAGCUUCUUAUGAAUGUACAAAGGAGUGCAAUUAUUUUCUAUUUAAAAUGUUCUACUUUGAUGAAAUUGUUAAAGCUUGUUUUUAUACAUUAUCACAAAACUGGAUACUAAAGGCUAAAAGUUACAUGUUUGACAUUGUGUGUUUGUGUUUCAUGUUGUGUAAGCAUCUUUACUGUGCAUUUGCUGUGUGACUUUGUGAACACUACGCCAAACUAUCGGCAAACUAUCAGAAUAAAAAUACUUUUCUUAGAAUAGUUGUUCCCUCUACAAUGUUACAGCUUGACUGAUACUAGUAUAUUCACUGACUGUUUUACUGCAAGCUUGACUCAACAUGUAAGUGCCACUGUGUUUGUCAUUGGGUUAUAUUUACACAUGAAACAAUACUUCCACAUUCACAAGUAUAAGAUAACUCCUCUCAAUAGAGUCUAUCUCCCAUAUAUUUUUCUCUUUUUGAGAGUACAAAAGGUGUGGGCUUAUCCCGCAGUGACUCUAAUUAAAGCAGUGAUUCUCUUUGUCAUAAGAAAUAAUCUGCGAUAGUUGACAGUUUAGAAG